AUAAUGUUUUUGAAGUUGCAUUCCCUCCUGAAACCAGCCCCCAGUUUAAAAAGUGCAACAUUUGGUACUUCCGGGUUUAAUUCAAAUUUGAACUGAAUCUGAGGGUUAUAACUGUGGCAAUAAUUGAUAUGCAUCAAGGACAGUCGUGUCAUGGAGGUUGCUGGUAUCUUCAGCACACAGCGGCACUGUAGCAGCUCGUGCGGAGGAGGAGCUUUCCUGCUGCACCUGCGCCUCCUCCGCCGGCCCGUUUCUGUGUCGUCAUCUCUGAUGUUUGGCUGCCUCCUCCCUCCAUCCGCCCGGCCGCUUCUUCAUGAAGUGCUUAAAGAAAAAAAGAAGGAAACAAACUUUCAGCAGCAUCCUCCACAAACACUCCCCAUGGUGAAACGUAGAGGCUGAUGAAGGACUGAGGCGCCACUGGCGGGUGGAAAUGCGGGAGGAAGGAGGCAAGGCGGCAUCCGGCAGCCCCGCAGGAGGACACAGCGCAGCCGCGGCGCAGAACUCCCUUCAUCUAAAAGAACCCGCUGUCACCCAGAAUGGUCACAACCCAGCGCAAACAGCUUCUCAGGGGCAAGGGGUUGAUUCCCCCACACAGAAUCCUAUUGCAGCUAGCACUAUCCCAAGGGAGCAGUGGGGCGGGAAAUAUGAGUUCCUGCUGUCCUGUAUUGGAUACUGCGUGGGUCUGGGCAACGUUUGGAGGUUCCCUUACCUUUGUUACCGCAAUGGAGGAGGUGUGUUUCUCAUCCCUUACUUCAUCAUGCUCUUUGUUGCGGGUGUUCCACUCUUCCUUAUGGAGCUGAGUUUAGGCCAGUAUGGUGCUGCUGGUCCAAUCACUGUGUGGAAAUGCUGCCCUCUGCUCAAAGGUAUUGGAAUUGGGAUGCUGUGUGUGUCCACGCUGGUUUGUCUCUACUACAAUGUCAUCAUAGCCUGGACCUUUUACUACCUGGGCAGUUCCUUCCAGAGCCCUCUGCCGUGGUCAUGUGACGCCAUCGCCAACGCAGCUGUCUGCAGCAACGUCACGGCAGGCAACAGCUCGUCUGGUCGAGCUCGCACCCCCACGGAAAUUUUUUGGAAUGAAAAUGUGCUGGGCUUAGUGAACAGUGAGGGCCUUCAUGACCCGGGCCCCGUGCGUUGGCCCCUCGCCCUGUGCCUCCUAGCAGCAUGGAUCAUCAUCUUUCUUUGUAUGCUGAAGGGCAUCCGCAGCUCUGGCAAGGUGGUUUAUGUUACAGCGACCUUCCCAUACUUCGUCCUCAUUGUGUUGAUCAUCAGAGGGGCCACACUGGAGGGCUCUCUUCAGGGCAUCGCUUUCUACCUCACACCAGACUGGGCCCGUUUAGCGAAUGCACAGGUGUGGAACGAUGCAGCAUCUCAGAUCUUUUACUCACUGGGUAUAGGGGUUGGAGGCCUGCUAUCCAUGGCCUCCUACAACAAAUUUGACAAUAAUGUUAUCAGGGACACGAUAGUUAUCACCACAGGAAACUGCUGCACCAGCUUCUUUGCAGGAUUUGCCAUAUUCUCCAUUCUGGGUCACAUGGCCUGGAGGAAGGGAGUAUCUGUCGGAGAAGUGGCGGACACAGGUCCUGGCUUAGCUUUUGUCGCCUACCCAGAAGCCCUUGCUUUGCUGCCAGGCUCUGUGUUUUGGUCCAUCAUGUUCUUCCUCAUGCUCUUUAUGUUGGGGGUCGACACAUUGUUUGGCAACAUGGAGGGCAUCACCACUGCCGUGCUGGACGAGUUCCCACAGCUCAGACAGAACACCCUGCACAAGUGCCUAUUCCUGGGCAGUUUGUGUUUUGCCUUCUAUCUCAUGGGCCUGCUGCUUGUGACUGAAGGAGGGAUUUACUGGUUUACCCUCAUUGACUCCUUCAGCACCAGUUUUGGCCUCAUCAUCAUCACCCUGUUCAUGUGCAUUGGCAUCUCCUUCUUCUAUGGAGUUAACCAGUUUUGUCAAGACAUCAUCGACAUGAUCCGUCACUGCCCUCCUUGGUGCACCAAAGUACUAAUUUACUUUGAAGCCUGCUGGGUUUUCUUCACCCCGUUUCUCCUUUUGUUCAUCUUGGCCUUUAUAUUCAUUGAGAUGUACAACACAUCGCUCCACUAUGGCUCCUAUGUGUAUCCACGAUGGGGUAAAGCUUUAGGUGUGUGCAUGGGUGCCACCUGCUGUCUGCAAAUCCUCAUCUGGGCCAUUGUAGCCAUCAGCAAGGAAACCGGAACCCUGAAGGAUCGUUUCCAAAAAGCAAUUCGACCCCUAAAUUCCUGGAGGGUAAAUAACCUGAACAGCACCAUCAGAGUUGCAGAGCACAUGGAGCCUGAGCGAGUGGAAGCUCCAUUCACCGUCACCCUUACAGACAUGGAUUUUCACGCCAUGACUUGGGAAACGGGAAGCCAAGCAUAAGGAAUCAGGGAUGAACUCACAACAAUGAGGAAAUUGAAACAAAGGAACCUUUUGUUACUCGCCCCAGCAAGGCUCUGAUGACUGUGUCAUGCAGGGCAACAGGGAAGAAGAGUUUAAUUUAUAUAAUAUAAUGUGUAAAAAAAAAAUUGUUUUUAUUUUUUUCAAUGUGAAUUGUUAAUUUACUGUUUCAGUAGCACCAUGAUCAGACAUAUUACCAAACAAAAAAAGAAUGUUUACAUUCCAUGGAUAAAAUGCAAUAAAACAGUGAUAAUAAAAGACCCCCCCACACACACAUACACACACACAGCAAUAAUCAUGACUGAUGCUGCUGAUGUCACAGCAGAAAUAUUGUGUAAAGUUUUUUUUAAGAAUAAAAAUCGAAAAAUGCAAGCUGA